GCCCCUCAAGUAGAUCCGUCAACUUUCUCCUCGCCAUCUCAAAGCCCGAUCUCUGGAGGACCAACUAAUUCAUGGUCAGGGAUAGUUAACGGCUCGGUGAGUUCGUUAAACAAUGGGGAAAAACCUGUGUAUGUGGUGGAUAAAGGUAUUGCAUCGAUCGUCAUACCACCGGAAUUACUGGCAGAUGAUGAACCUCUGUGGAAGUGUUUUGUAGCCGGUUAUUUCAUAGGGGAUGCUUCUCAUGUGGGGCGUAUUCACGCCACAGUAAAUCGAAUCUGGGCGGUGCCGGGAAAAGGAGGAAAGAUUGAUGUCCAAUUCAUCGGCAAGAAUUUGGUACUUUUCAAAAUUGACAAUGAGCAGAUCAGAUCCCGUGUGGUGCGUCGUCGCUACUGGCACGUUUCGGAGUCAAUGAUUGGAACCCAGCAACAGCGCAAGUUCCCACCGGAUUUAUCCGCCAUGCCUCUGUGGGUAGAUUUCAGAUCUGUUCUGAAUCACCUAUACUCUCACAAAGGGCUCAAGUUUCUGGGGAAUAUCGCUGGGAAAUUUGUCAAAUUGCAUCCAACCACGGAGAGAUGCACUAGGCUGGAUGUGGCCAGAGUGCUGGUGGAGGUGUGUUAUCCAUGGCUUUCCUCAAGAUGUAUGGUAUGCCAGAAGUGGGGGCAUAACACUUCAGAAUGUCAAGAGGACAAGGUCACCAUUCUACAGAAGGAAGCUAGCGUGGAGGAGGUACAAAGACCUCAGAUGGAUGCACCGCAAUCCCCUUCGCAAGUGGUUUCUGAUUUGAUCACUGAGCUGGAAAAUGCCGAUGUUCUUCCUGGAGAUGCACUUGCUGGUGUAACGAGUGCGAAAAGUGAGAGUGUGAGUUUAGCCACUACAACUGAUAAAGUAUGGAAGACGGUAUCAGGUCCCCGUCACUCCCCUGCAUGUGAGCCUGCAGUAUCGGAAUCCACAGAAUACCAGAAUCUGCAAUCACCUUUUCGGUAUCAGAUCUUGGCUGCUAUAGACGAAGUUACUGCAGAAGAAGAGGACGAGGAAGAGGCGCAUGAGCAUGAGGAGGUUGAGGAAGGAGAGCUAUUAGUUGAGAAACAGGGGGAUGCAGAGGGAGUUUUGGCCAAGAAAAAGGGUAAGGGCCAUCAAAAGCUAACCGCAAAAGCUCCAAAGAAGAUGAUAUUCCGGUCUAAAGAUAUGAUGCAUGGGGUUGCUCAUAAACCAACAAAAAAAGUUUCCUCACGGAAACUA